UAAUCCUUUAGGUAAAUGAAAUAAUGUUGUGUUUUUAGAGUGAGUCUUUUAGAGCGCAAUUUCAAACAUGAGGGCCUGGCGCUUCACCUCUGCCGUUUGCAGAUCAGGAUUCCAAAGAUGCGUAUUACCGCGAAAUAUCCUGCACGCUUUAUCUGUAUCCAAUAAAAUUUUUGGAAAUCAACCGCUUGCAUACCCAUGUCUAGCUCAAACACGGUCGAUAAAAAUUCUGCUCUCUAAACCUGAAGUGGAAAGUAAAGUUUUAGCUGUCUGUUCUGCGUUCGAUAAAAUCCAGUCCGAUAAGCUUACGCUUGAUUCUUCGUUUAUCAAAGAUCUCGGUCUUGAUAGUCUGGACCACAUAGAAGUAAUUAUGGAAAUCGAAAAUGAGUUCCGUAAGUUCUUUAAAUCUACAAAAUGUGUUGUUUCUUAUGCAAACGGAGAUUUAGAUUAUUGUCGUUUCUCGAGUGUCCUAAGUCUUUACAUCCGCCGGUAUUCAGACUUGUGCAGUCAAGACAGAAAGCCUACUGCCUAUGUUAUUUCUUUUCCAGUAUGCUCCUGUAAGUAUCUAGUCUUUACUUAAAUGAGUUGGUUAAAGGUUCGGACACCACUGCUUCGGGUAAAAAGUGUGAAACAUGUAUGCUACGGAUAUUUUGUUCGUUCUUGGUCCUCAUACUCACUUGCUAUGUCCUCUGAGAUGUCCAGAUCCUGUGAGAAGAAAGAGAGAAUAUAUUAGGUCCGAAAUCAUUUCUUAGUAUUCUAUGCAUUAAAAUCAAUCACUUAAUCUGCGGUAGGACAGAGUAGAGAAAUUAGCUUUUUAAGCCUUUCGUUGUAUGUUAAACUCCGGAGUUCUGGAAUUGCACUGGUAGCUUCUCUCUGCACGUUUUCCAGUAUAUCCGAGUCACCUCUAGAACGGAAGCUUGCAGCCGAACUCACUUCUCAGGUUUAGUUCUCACUGAGAUUGUGUAUACUGUAGUGAACAUAUUAGUAUCUAACAUGGUGAAUGUCCAACUGACAGUUCAUAGGGUCCUAAACGUCUUAGCUACAACCUCCCGGCAGUGGUCCUUUGUCUAAAGACCAUGGUUUACUGUCCUUGUGAGACCAGACUACGGGUACAGGCACUUCCCCUAUGCUAUAUCUAUUUACCUUAUCAAAGUGCAUGUAAACACACUUGGGCACAUUAAAGGGUAUCAGCCACUUUUUAGACCAGCUGAUCACAAUAUUUAAGUUUGUCUGAACUACGCAUGUAUCUGCGUCUCCUGAUAUUUUUACAUCUUCGGCGUAUAGUAUCGUUGGGGAAUUAACUAUUUUUGGGAUUUCACUUACAUACAGUAUAAAAGGUAAAAGAUUUAGGACAGCCUCACGGUCCUCCACUACGUACUAGUUUCCAUUUGGAACUUCUGGAAUUUAUUCUUACUUUUUGUCUACGAUCUACUAGGAAAUCCUUAACCCAUUUCCGGAGAGGUUCGCAAUGCCUAGAUUUCCCAGCUUCAAGAUCAGUAUUUCUGUUGGUACCUUAUCAAACGCUUUGCUGACGUUUUUGUGGACAACACCCACUGAUUUUUUGUUGUCUAGAGCCUCUAUCCGUUGUUCCUUUGCUACAAAAAGAUUUAUUUUGCAAGAUAAACCUUUCCUGAAACCGCGUUGUUUGCUGUUUAACAAAUUGUUGGUUUCCACGGAUGUAAUUAUGGCCUUUGUGACUUUUCACACUGGUGAACCAGAAAGGUUUGUAGCUUGAUCCUUUUUUGUAUUGAAUUGAUGAUUGCAUCCUUCAGUUUGCAGGUAACUCACCUUGACCACGUGAUAUAUUGGAUAUCACAGUUAGUGGGGCUUUAAUUUUUCUCAAGAUUUUGGGGUGUAGUUCAUCCGAUCUUGUUGGCUUUUCCGUGACUAAAGUUAUAAGGGCUUUAAGCACAUCGUCUCGAUCAAAGUCCACGGUAAACAGACGGUUUGUCGACUUUGUUUUUGGGUCUAGUUCUUCAUCUAAAAGAGGCUCGAAAUAGUUUGCCAUAAUAUCUGCUUUUUCCUAAUCAUUCUCUAUCAUUUGAGAUACACUGCCUUUCGUAAUUAGGUUGGGAAUCCAAUGCUGCGUCCUUGUUCUGUAAUUAAUGUGCGAUAAUAGCCUCUUAGGUUACUUAUUUGGACACAUAAAUAUUGGUACAAGAGGACACCAAAUAUAUAGCGCCACACAAAACAAUGAGAAUUUGAAGAGAAAAAAAGAAGGUGUUAAAAAUUUCUAUCGAAUCAAAUUUACAUCUUCCCAGCCCCUAUAUUUUAUCUAUUUAAACACAAAUAUUGAUACAAAAGGGCACCAAAAUAUAUAUUGGCCACACAAAUAGGUAAAUGAAAUUGUGAAGAGCGAGAAAGGAGUCUCAACAUAAUAAAUAAGUUGAACUAAGUUAAUGAGAGUAAAAAAUAAUGGGCGAUGCAGUUUCGUUAUGAAAAACAUAUCCAGAAAGGAAACUUUCAGUUACAGAAGUCCCUCUCACUUUUAUGAAAAAAUUAAAAAAAAUUACAACAGGGCCACCACUAGCCUCUAUUCUAAGCCAUCGAUGACAUUCUAGAAACAGCUCUGAUGGAUGUAAGUAACGGCGGUGUGGAUCUGCUGCCCGGAGAAAAACUUAUCGACCUUGAGUAUGCGGAUGAUAUUGUCUUACUGUGCGAUAAUGCCCAAGCCAUGCAACCCGCACUUAAUCAGUGUCCGUAGGUAUGGUAUGUGCUUUGCACCUUCGAAGUGCAAAGUACUUCUACAAAACUGGCGGGAUUCUAACCCUGUACUCACUCUGGAUGGUGAGCAGAUAAAAGUAGUCAAGAAGUUCGUGUAUCUAGCUAGCUGCAUAAGUGCUGGUGGUGGCGUGAGUGAUGAAAUCAAUGCACGUAUAGUGAAAGCCAGAGCGGUUUAUGCCAAUCUGGGCCAUCUUUGGCGCCUUCGUGAUGUUAGUAUGGCUGUGAAAGGUCGGUUGCAAGACUGGAAGGACCCUGACCAUCGACAUCGGUGGUUUGGAAAUGCCUUACGAAUGUCGUCCCAGUGAAUUCCACAUCGUGCAUUAUUUGCCGACACUAGAACCGGUUGAAAAAAAGCGGAGGAGUGGUCAGUUUAUGGCAUGGUGUCGUGGUAUGAGAGAAAGCUGUGCAGGAAUGACUUCUGAUGGUCCUUCACGUCUCCCUGGUUGAGGUUCUAGAGAUGGUGCAAUACAGUGGCUUUAGAUAUUAUCAUAAUAGAAGCCAAUGUUGGUUCUGCUGUAACUUUCUCCAUAAGAAAUGGACGUAACUUCCUUAACUGGAAGAAUUCUUUCUGGUUGUAUUUUUGCUAACUGGACUGCCUCUCCCAUCACUAUUAUUUCACUCUCAUACACUAUUCGUUGUUGUUAUUCUUAUAAUACGCACUGUACAUUCUCUAUUUCUUCACAUUCUCAUUGUUAUUGUGUGGUACAUAUGUGUUUGGUGCUCCCUUAUACCGAUGAUUAUGUGCUCAGAUAAGUAAAUAAAUAGAUAGCCUACGAAGCAAAUAUUCCCAGCAAGUAAAGUCAUGUGUUAUCCCUUUUUUUAUAAACUACCAGUACUACUCGGAACAUUCUACGUAGUUUAGUUUGUCAAGCUUAUACUACCUAUAUUGUUUUUAUAACUCAUUUUCCCUAGUUAAGUUCGUCUAUUGUUUUCGUACAUUGUCAGUCUAUCCAUAUCUCACUUAUUUUGUGCCUUAAAUUUUUUUUCAGGGUUUGAAAUAAGUGAUGUGGAUGCCGAAAAAUUGCACACACCUCGUGAUAUUGUGGAACAUGUGUAUCAUUCAAUUAAGAAAGCAGAACCUGCAAAUUAAGAUACUGGUGAAAUAUUAAAACAAUUCUAAUUAUUACUAAAAACACUCUAGACCAUAUAUUAUUGUAGAUAUUGUUCUCCUGAACACGCUACUUUUCAAUUUAUGAAGGGUGCUUGAGCUCAUAGAAGAAUGUCUCUAUCUUUCUCCAGAACCUUGUCAUAUUAUAUCACUAGGUCGUCAAUUGAAGUUGUCUCAUAGUAACACAUAUUUAAAUGUAUUAAGGAAAUCAGUAGUUUGGUUAUGUUAACUUUACAAAUACUGUCUUAACAUUCGUUGCGCUUAACUAUGAUUUUUUUUCAAAUAUGGAUAUGAAACAAAGUUAUAGUUAACAUACGCUUUGUCGUGAUUAGGUGGAUGAAACUAUUAAAAAUAAAUUUGAAAAGAACACAAGUUUCUGGAACUCAUUUUGUAUUUUGCCAGCCAUAGGGAUCAAUACCCAAUCUCGCCAGACAACACAUUUUUUAAGAAACUCGUGUCUAU